AUGCGUAUUGCCAGAGGCCCUUCACACCGAACCCAUACCCCAGGGCCCCCCGUUAAAUGCCUCAUCUGGGCACACUCCCGGGGGCCCCCCUCGUCGACGGGGGGGCCUCCCGGAACGCUCCCUGGGAGAGGCCUUCCGGCGCGUCAAAUAAAAGGCCCUUUAUGGCCGCUCACAGGGAGGGUUCUACCCCACUUGCUUUCCUCAAGUAGGGCCCCCAGAGGAGAGGGGGCCUUAAGGACCUCCUUGCGUUCCUCGGUAUUUGCAGAGACAGAAGGAAUUCAAACUGAGCCUCCUGAGUGUCUGACGGCAGCCGUUUCCGCGCUGGCGAGGAAAGAGCUUACUCCCCUUUUCCCAGAACUGCAGGUUGCACCCGAGGCGAGUUGUAAACGCCAAACUCCCCAAACAAACCCUGCAGAGCUGAUCUCCAAAAUUCCGAGAAAGGUCGCUUCUUAUCAUAGUCUGACCAAUACGCUCCAGCUUGUAGGGUGUGGGCCUGUACUGGUGGUGGAAGCUCGAGACUCUAGGGUGUGGGAUUGUGUGUGGUGCUGGCUGCAGCUCAAUCCACUGUUUGCCGAAGCGCUCGCGAAGCGCGGGAUUGAAUAUAUGACAGACAUCCAGCUCCGCUCAUUCGAUCCGAUCCUUUCUGGACAGGAUUGCAUUGCCCGAUCCGAGACGGGGAGUGGGAAGACGCUGGCUUUUGUGUUGCCUCUAUUAGAGAGUAUUCUCGCGCGGCGCAAGGCCGCGUCUCAGAAUGCGUUCUUGCAGUCAGGUGGCUCUCAAGAGCAGCCGCUGAGCCUGGGCAGUCGCGGAGCUCAAGUUGCGCAGCCGCAGCUGCUGGUGCUCGCUCCCACACGAGAAUUGGCUCGGCAGGUGCACAACGAGGUGGGGGCCCUAGGGGCCCCCUUGGGUAUUUCCUCUGUGUGUGUCUACGGUGGAGUUCCCAUACAGCAGCAACUGCGGGAGAUUCGAGCUCUCCUAAAUCCGCGACGCCAACACCAGCAGGGGAGGCCUAAUCACGAGCAUCUGGUGCCUUCGGAGGGUGCCCUGGACGUCGUUGUCGCUACACCAGGCCGCUUGAUGGACUUGGCGGGGUUAGGCGAGUCUUCAGGCCGAGAGGAACACUUUCAAUCGAUACUCUCCCUGCAGUCCAUCAGACACGUAGUGCUUGACGAGGCCGAUGAAAUGCUCAAGUUAGGCUUUGCUGAGGCUGUGGACACGAUUCUGACCGCUGCUCUAGCCAUACGAGUUUCAGGGGAGGGAGACACACCCGACGUUUCACAGGCGAGCGCCUCCAAGGCAGGAGCUUCGCAGCUCCCUCGGCAGCAGCAGCUGCUGCUCUUCUCCGCAACCCGGCCUCCAUGGGUUCAAAAAGUCGCCACCAAAUAUCUGAGGGCACCGCUAAACAUUGAUGUUAUGCAUCAACGAACGCUCAGGACGUCUUCCACGGUGGCGCACAUGCGGAUGGAGCUGCCGUUUGGCCUGUCUUCCAGCAGUUUGUCUUCGAUUCUAAAGGAUUGCGUGCUGUGUUUGAGCGGAAGAGACCGCCAGAGCGUUGUCUUUGUUCCCACGAAGGCCGAAGCGGAUGCGCUAGGCCAUGCGGAGGGCAUGGGCCUCCUCUCUGCAGCAGUGCUGCACGGAGGCAUCGAGCAAGAAACCCGAGAAAAAGUGAUGCAAGGAUUCAGGAGUGGGCGGUACAGGGCCCUCAUUUGUACGGACGUAGCUGCAAGAGGCAUUGACGUGGCCAACGUGGAUCUGGUGAUACAAUACGGCGUGGUCCCCGACAGCGACCAGUACAUACACCGCAGCGGCCGCACGGGCCGUGCGGGGAGGCGUGGCGUUUCGCUUUUGUUGCACACGCCAAAUGAGCGGCGGGAGGCAGAAAGACUGGAGAAGAGUUGCGGAAUCCGAUUCGACCGUAGGGAGCUGCCAAGUGUGGAGGAAGUACUGGAAGCGACGUCUGGAUGCGUGAGCCGGGAGCUAGACUCGGUUUCUCCCUCCUUGAUGCCCUUCUUUUUAUCGGCGGCAGCCGAUGUCUUGAAGAGGGCAGAGCGAGAAGGCGUAAAUUUACAACAGGUUGUCGCUAGAGCUCUGGCGGUUGCAGCAGGAGUCAAGGAGUUGCCGAGCCGAUCUCUGCUAACGCUGCGUGCCGGAGAGAAGACCUUAGAACUGAAGAGACUCACAGAUUGGGCUUCCGCCCGAGAGGCAGGGGACUGGUAG